AUGCACUCCAAUAAUUAUGUUCCGUCGAGGCAUUUAACAAUUCGCUUAGUACCACGAAAAAGUACACGGUGCCAACAGAAACGUUUAAGCCAAAACACGCGCAAACAACAGUGUUGGUACGCAAUUUUCCCCUUAACAUUAUUACUUUCCCCCUACCUCAUAUUUUCUAUAUCCAUCAAGUGUGUAACCACAAAGACACUUAACCACCAAAAGAAAAUGACCAGCAUCAAUGCCCAACCACCCAACUCAGCCACUUAUUCUCAGGAUGAUCAUGGCAGCGCAGAAGUUGUGAACCUAAAUGCUGAGGUGGAACGCCCACAGCCAGAGGAACGGAAAGAUGGUGGUGGUUGCUUUGCCAGGGUGAGUCUAUUUAUGGCAACUAUCAUCCCACCGGGAGGUAUCGCCGCAAGUGCCUUCAACAUUGCAUCUUCAACCAUUGGUGCCGGCAUUGUAGGCUUGCCUUCUGCCGCCAACAGCAGUGGGCUUGUGAUGGCGAUGAUUUAUCUUAUUAUCAUUACGGCAAUGUCUGUGUUUACAAUGCACAAUCUCGCAGUGGUUGCUGAUAAAUCAAGUGCUCGCACGUUCGAGGAAAUAACAGGCAAGUUGCUUGGGCGUGGAGCUUCAUAUUGUCUCGCUGGAGUUCGUGCUUUCCAUGGCUUCAGUGGAUGUGUGGCAUAUGUGAUUUCUGUGGGUGAUAUCCUGAGUGCUACCUUAAAGGGUACCAAUGCUCCGGAUUUCCUGAAGCAGAAGUCAGGCAACCACCUGCUGACAUCCCUCAUGUGGUUAUGCUUCAUGCUUCCACUUGUAAUACCUCGGCACAUUGACUCCCUACGUCACGUUUCAACCAUUGCCGUCAGUUUCAUUAUCUACCUCGUCAUCGUUAUUGUAGUGCACUCAUGCAUGAAUGGGUUACCGGAAAAUAUCAAGAACGUCAGUGUGGGAAAGGAUGACAAUGCUGAGAUUAUAUUGUUUAACAGUGGGAACAGAGCCAUCGAAGGUCUUGGAGUAUUCAUGUUCGCUUAUGUGUGCCAAGUCGUCGCAGUGGAGAUAUACAUGGACAUGACAGACCGUUCUCCGCGAAGAUUUGUCCUUGCAUCUGCAAUUGCAUUGGGUAUCUGCUUCGCAUUGUACGUAAUGACAGCCUUCUUUGGUUACAUGGACUUUGGUCGUGCUGUUACUGGCUCUGUGCUUCUGAUGUAUGACCCAGUGAAUGAACCUGCAAUUAUGGUCGGUUUCGUUGGUGUGCUCGUCAAGCUAUGUGCGUCAUAUGCAUUGCUUGGAAUGGCUUGUCGCAACGGCUUGUACAGCAUCGUGGGAUGGGAUGCCGACAAGGUUGCCUUCUGGAAGCACUGCAUUGCCGUUGUUACUCUCUCUGUCGUCAUGUUGUUGUGUGGCCUAUUCAUCCCGAAUAUCAACACAGUUCUUGGGUUCGCUGGUUCCAUCUCUGGUGGAUCGCUGGGUUUCCUAUUUCCCGCCUUAUUGGUGAUGUAUUCCGGUGGCUUUACGUGGCAGAAGGUGGGUCCGUUUUAUUAUCUUACUACAUACGCUGUAUUACUUACAGGUGUUAUUGCCAUUGUAUUUGGUACGGGAGCGACCAUCUGGGGAACUGCGACUGGUUAA